CCCCAUUGUGCUAUAGCUGCUGUGGCUUACUGAAUUAGUGUUUUCCAACAGUAGGAGGACAUUUUUCUGUCAGCACAAACAUCAAAAACAAAUGUCUGCUAUUUCAGCAGAGGAACUUCCAUUCAUCAAAAGCAAUGAGAAGAGCAAAGCAUGUUACUGAAGCUGAGCUGUGUGAUUCUACUCAUCAUCCAGAGGGAUACAGAAAGUACACGGGUCAUUGGUGAAUGCAGGACUGUGGUACAGGGGGAGGAUGUGGACUUAUCCUGCAGACUGAUAGAGACAACUGAGGACCUCGAACAGAUAACAUGGCAGAAAAGUACUUGGGAAGAAACACAGAACCAUAAUUUUAUGCUGAUUUAUCCCAAUGGGGUUACUAAAUUUAUUGCACCGAAUGGAUUGAGUGGUAGAGUCCAGUUUAUUGGGAACCCAUCAGAAAACCUUGGAUCUAUUCGAAUAACAGCUGUCAGACUGUUUGAUGAAGGCACCUUCACAUGUAUCUUCAGUGUUUUCCCUAGUGGAGCAUACACUACAGAGAUACUUCUGACUGUGCUUGUUCCUCCAGUAGUGAGUGUGACAGUUUAUGUUCCUCCUGUCACUGGGGAGAAUGAGGUUGUCUUAGCAACCUGUAUGGCUGCUGGUGCCAAGCCACAGGCAGAAGUGACAUGGAAGACGGGUGCAUUUGGCAGUUUGUUGAGGACAGUGACUAACUUCACACAGCACACCAAUGGAACCACCACAGUACUCAGCCACCUGCUAGGGUUGCCAACCAGAGCAGCCAAUCAGCAGCAGGUCCAGUGUGUGGUCAACCAGUCUGCCCUGGCAACAGAAAGGAGCUACAACUACACCAUAGAUAUCCACUAUCCACCUCAGACAGUGAACGUUACCUUUAGUGAGGCCUCUAAAGACACAGUCUUACUAUGUGUAGCAGAUGGCAACCCACACCCCAACUACACCUGGAGCAGAGUGGCCCAGCCAUGGCCUGAGUCUUCAGUGAGAGCAGAGGGAGACAUAGUGCACUUCCUCAGUCUCAGCUCUGAGCUGAAUGGUCUCUAUGUCUGUGAGGCCUCCAACCCCUACGGACGAGCAACUGGUUCCCUCAAUGUACACAUAUUCUCUGAGACCUCUGCUGCCUGUUGGGUUCUACUCGUUGUCAUUCUCUGUCUGAUUGUUGCUGCGGUUGCACUCAUGUUGUACAGGUACAAAUACGGACAGUUUCCUUGGAGUCCAAUCAUUGCCAAUAACCAGUUCCAGGCACCACCACAGGUUGAGGAAGAUGAACCUGGGACGUCUGGGUUCUAACACUCCAAACCAGGAAGGUGGAUAAGGGAGAAGUAACGUGAUAAAUCACUGGACAGCCUGAGAACAGAUGCCAGAAGAAGCGCAGACAUGCACUAUGUGGGGGAAGAAUUCCAGUCUGCACAUUCUCCAACGCUACAGCCAUUUGCAAGAACAGGCACAUUCUCCAACUUUAAAAAAAUAUGUAUUUAACUAGGCAAGUGACUUAAGAACAAAUUCUUAUUUACAAUGACGGCCUACACCGGCCAAACUCGGACAACGCUGGGAAAAUUGUGCGACGCCCUAUGGGACUCCCAAUCACAGCCAGUUGUGAUACAGUCUGGAUUUAAAACAGGUUGUCUGUAGUGACCUCUCUAGCACUGAGAUGCAGUGUCUUAGACCACUGUGCCACUUGGGAGCCUAAUGAACAGGGACCCUAUGCAGGAUUCUCUGUGACAUUAGAAACCUCAGCUUGGCCCCUCCUCCACCACAGCUUUAAAUAGUGCUGGUCCUCGUUUCCAUUUUUGUUCCCCUCUCAUGGACUCUGCCUUGCCGUGGUGGAGGGGCAUUGUUGCUUCAGUGGGAACAACAACUUUCCUUUAUGUAUAUGCACUGCUCAAAAAAAUAAAGGGAACACUAAAAUAACACAUCCUAGAUCUGAAUGAAUGAAAUAUUCUUAUUAAAUACUUUUUUCUUUACAUAGUUGAAUGUGCUGACAACAAAAU